AUGUACCUCGAAUACAGCGUUCGUUCCCCCGCCAUUUCAACAAUUCUCAACCAUGCAUCAACAACUUUCAACGCAAUUGCGCUGACAAUCGUGACAGCGUCUUGUCAGUUUCAUCAGCGCUCCGUCUUCCCAUCCGGCGACAGGAUUGACCUCGGCCAGAUGGGUCUGCUACAAUCGCUCGGGCUGCGCCGCGCCUCGCAGUGGCAGCGCCUUACCGUGCUCGACCACCUGUUGCUCUCGCCGCUGACCUUUGUCACCAUCCAUCUCUACCACCUCCUCGUCUGGCUGCGCGGCCGACCCGUCCGUCCACCGCGCGGCAAGGCGCCUGUUCGCGUCGUGUGCAUCUCAGACACGCACGACCUCACCGUCGCGGUGCCCGACGGCGACAUCCUCGUCCACGCCGGCGACCUCACCAACGAGGGCACCGCCGCCGACAUCCAGACGCAACUCGACUGGCUCGCCAGCUUCCCACACCCCGUCAAGGUUGUGGUCGCGGGCAACCACGACAGCUACUUUGAUCCCCGGUCGCGCCGGGACGAGGACGUGCGCAGUAUGGCCAAGGUCCGGCUGGGAGACAUUUUGUUCCUUCAGGGCGAUAUGACGGUCCAAGAGGUCAAUGGGCGGAAGAUUAGCAUCUUUGGAGCUGGUGAUGUGCCUGAAUGUGGGCCGAAAGAAUUUGCCUUCCAAUACUCUCCCAUCGCACAACCAUGGCAUAGCAGGAUACCGCCCCAGACCGAUAUCCUCGUCACUCACACACCACCUAAACACCACCUCGACCUUGACCUCGGAUGCCCGCAUCUGCUCCGUGAGGUAUGGCGUGUAAAGCCACGCUUACACAUCUUCGGCCACUGCCACUGGGCCUACGGACAAGAGCCCAUCUACUUUGACGAGAUGCAGGCAGCGUACGAGACACUUCUCUCGCGCCCUCGCCGUGGCCCGCUCAUGGAUCUCAUCCCCAACCGAUCUUGGAUCUACAUGUGGCGGGUCUUGUACUACGGCGUGCAUGGCGUGGUCUGGAAGUGGCUGAUGGGCGGCCCCCGAGGCAACCAGGGCAGCAUCAUGGUCAACGCCGCCCAAAUGUACGGCGAUACCGGCCGCAUCAAGUCGCGCGCCGUUGUGGUGGAUAUUUAA